UAGUUUCUUGCCCUCUGCAGGUUCCGCUUCUCUGCCUCUUCGCAGUGGGCGGGGCUGGCCCGCCAUUGUGGCCCUUGACCUCCCCAGGCGGUAGGGGAGGACCCCGGACGCCGGACUCCCGGAGCCGGGGCUUGUGUUAACGCAGAACCUCCAGAUGGAUGCAGAUUACUUUCUAUCGUCCUGUGCUACAUAAUGACGUCCUAGGAGACAACCGACCCUGUGCAAGACGGUGGCCAGGGCAGCCAGGGUUCUCUGGUUCACCAUGGCCCCUCCCUGCACGAAAGCCACUGCUAAAGUGACCAGUAAGCGUCCCCGUCGGGUCAUUGACCUGGAAACGAAAUUAAAACUGAUUCAGGAUUACGAGGGUGGAAAGCCAGUGAUGGUCAUCGCCCGCCAGUCAGGCAUGUCCCAUUCUACCAUUGCUACCAUCCUGAAGAACAGGAACAAGGUGAGGGAAGCCCUGAGAGGCUCCGCGUCCCUGAAGGCCACAAGGCUGACGAAGAUCCGCGAGGGCCCCAUAUCGGACAUGGAGAAGCUGCUGAUGACCUGGAUCGAAGACCAGACGCGGCAGCGCGUCCCCCUCAGCACCGUGAUGAUCACGGCCAAAGCCAAGAGUCUGUUCGCCAUGCUGAAGGAAAAGGCGGGGCCUGGAUACAACGUGGAGUUCAGUGCCAGCUCUGGGUGGUUGAAGAGAUUCAAGAACCGCUACUCAUUACAGGAUGUCAGGGCGGGUGCGGAUGUCCCCAGGGGGCGUGUGCCCAGCAUCUGGAGAAAGACCCUGCGGAGGUUCGUGCAUGACUUCAGAGGGCUGGCAGCGGAGGAGGACGAGCUGCCGGUGAACAAGGCUGUGGCGGAGGUGACCAGCACCUUCCCCCGGGGUGCGGACGAGGACAGCAGCGGGGAGCGCCUGGAGGUGGCGCCCAAAGACCUGGCCCGUGAGGAGUUGCUGGGACGGGGGUACAAGGCCAAAGAAGAGACCAGAGGAGUGGAAAGCACAGGAGAGGACGGAGAAGCAGCCCCAAGAAGGUUCACAGUGACAGGCUUAGCAGAGGCUUUCUCUGACCUCAACCAGCUCCUUAAGAAGUUUCAGAGCAUGGACCCCAACCCGGAGAGGUUCUCCACAGUGGAGAGGGGCGUCCGGGCCGCGCUGUCUGUUUAUGAGCAAAUCUAUGAUGCCAGAAGGAAGCAAAAAAGCGAGGACAUGGUUCUGAAUGGAGCGGCACCUACGGGCGAGCCCCCGGCAGGCCCCUCGGGAGCCAUUGCCCAAGGUGGCAUUAUCGUCAUCGCCAGCGAUGGCACCAUGAGUGUCAUCGCCCCCGAGGACCUUGCCAUGGGACGCAGCAGGGAGGACAGUAGCGAUGUCAGUGACCCUGACCCCAUAUAGGCCCGGCCUUGUGUGUCAAGAGUUUUUCUAAUGAAAAGUUUAAUAAGAGUUAAAGUAUUUUUAAAUUAAAUUAAAAAAAAA